UUGCUUGAAAUGCUUGGGGUUAGCGCGCGGGGACCCCGCAUAAUCGACGCAUUGCGGAAAUGAACAGCGGCUGGCGAAGUAGUAUCAAGCUGGCAGCGGAAGAAUUAAGACAACUUUCUCACAGAGCCAAGAAUAGCCAAGGGACAGAGGACUGAUGAUUGAGGACAGGAUUCGAUUAUAAAAUGGUCUGUCGAGUUGUUUGGGUUAAAGCAGGCAACUACCUUGGUACAGUGCAUCGCCAUGAGGUCCUUCUCAAUCGUUCUCGCUUUCGCGGUAUCUUUGUCUUCGGUAGUUGCAUCUGCUCUUGACAAUGACUACGUCCCAUCUGGAGCCUCAGUUCAGACCCCUCACUUGGACUCAAUUUUGCCUAGGAAGCCUAGAGCAAAGGACAACUGGGGCAACGCCGUUGCACACGAUCGCAAGAAGAUUACCAUCCGAGCUUCCAAGAAUGACACAGAUGACAUCAGCGACGACUUUUUGUGGGCUCUCAAGAAGGCAAACAAUGGCGGUCUUGUGCACUUGAAAAAGAAUCACAAGUACGUCAUUGGUAAGAAGCUUGAUUUGAGCUUCCUAAAGGAUGUUUACGUCAACAUCGAUGGCGAGCUCAAGUACACCAACGACAUCAAAUAUUGGCAGGCCAACAACUUCUACUACCCAUUCCAGAAGAGCAUCACCUUCACUGUAUGGGGCGGAAAAGACAUCAAGAUCUACUCCGACUCAGGUGCGGGUGUAAUCAAUGGCAACGGCCAGGCAUGGUGGGACGGCUUCUCAGGUGCCGAGAUUUUGGAUCCAACAAACAAAUUUUAUCGUCCAAUCCUUUUCCUGACCGACAACGCGACCAACGUAGAGAUCUCCGGCCUGCAUCUCAAGGACUCCCCAUGCUGGACGACCUUCCUCGUGCGCACCAAGAAUGUUAUCUUCGAUAAUAUCUACAUCGAUGCCGUGUCGACUAACACAUCCUCACUACCCAAGAACACUGAUGGCUUCGAUUCACUCAAUGUUGAUGGUCUGACCGUCACCAACACGCGAGUCAACGUAGGCGACGACUGCUUCUCGCCCAAGCCCAACACCACCAACAUCUUCGUCAAGAACCUUUGGUGCAACGGUACGCACGGCGUAUCGAUGGGCAGCAUAGGACAAUAUCCAGGCGUGAAAGACUUCAUCAGCAACGCUUGGAUUGAGAAUGUGACACUCCUAAAUGGUCAGAACGGCGCCCGCCUCAAGGCCUGGGCGGGGCCAAAUGUGGGUUACGGAUACAUCGAUAACGUAACAUACAAGGACAUCAUCAUCGAGAACACGGAUGCGCCCGUUGUGCUGGAUCAAUGCUACUUCAACGUCAACGACACGACGUGCGCCAAGUACCCGAGUAACGUCAACAUUACGAAUGUCAACUUCAUCAAUAUCUCGGGUAGCUCUAGUGGGAAGAACGGCAAGGUUGUUGCGGAUUUGACGUGCAGCCCGGGCGCGACGUGCAAUGGUAUUCACCUUGAAAACAUCAAUAUCACCAGUCCUGCCGGUUCUCCACCGCAGAUUGUGUGUGAGAAUAUCAAGGGCGACAUUGGUGUGCCCUGUAUCCCUGCGAGCCAGGCGGAUGAUUAGACGAACACCUGUGAAUAAGGGAGUGAGA